AUGGUUCGACUCCCAACAACAAAUGGGGAAGACGACUCGGAAAAUGCCAUGGAUUAUCCGCGGAGCUUGUGGAAGGAAUCGUCGUUGUUAUGUUCACUAUUGCUGGCUUUAUUCUCCGAACAAUCUUGGCCGUAUAAAAAAUGGGCAAUGUUUGACAAGAAUGACCCCGGCAGACGUUUUGUUCAUUCCGCUGAAUGGCAACACUGCACAAUGUACACGUUCUUUGGAGUUGCAGGGGCGGUGCAGAUAUUAGCGCGUACUUGUGUGUGUGGGUUGAAAGAAUUCGAAAAAUUCUUCCUUGCGCUAGCUUAUUUCGUGGAGGGCUUGCUGUUUUAUUUCCACGUUCAUGGCCGGACACCUCUGGACAUAUCCGUGCACUACAUGCUAGUUAUCGCAGUAAUGUUGGCCGCCGCUGUCACAGUUGCCGAGAUUUGGAAAGGCGAUGACCCACUUCUACCGUUCAUUCGGACCGGCCUAACCAUCACGCAAGGUACGUGGUUUUGGCAAGUCGGCUUUAUGCUGUACCCACCGAACGGCGUUCAGUGGGACGAAGAUAGUCACUCUAAUAUCAUGUUCGUAACAAUGGCGUUCUGUUGGCACAUCGUGGCCUGUAUACUCGUGAUGGCAGGCGUUUAUGGCAUUGUGUCUCUCUGUCUGCGCUCCAAAGGAGUCUACCUUGUCCCGUACAAACAGGUUGAGGAUGAAUACCAGGUUGGAUUAAUGAGCUUGGAUGAUAAAGGAUCAAGCGAUAAUGAAUAA